AUGUCGUUGACGAACGAGCAGACCUGGGCUCCAAGUCCUUCCACGGAACGAGGCUUACCAACUCAGCUGUCCUCCGAUCCCAAAGGCGAAAAACUGACAUAUGCGUCAAAUAAAUCCAUAUUUAUCCGCUCAAUCGACGACCCCGCAAUCGCUAGGCAAUAUACAGAACACACCGCGCAAACCACCGUUGCACGUUUCUCGCCCUCAGGCUUCUAUGUUGCCAGUGGAGAUGUUACAGGUACCGUAAAGGUCUGGGACUGUGUAGGAGAAGGCCUUACAAAAGGCAGCUACCCGAUUAUCAAUGGUCGAAUCAAUGACAUUGCAUGGGACGGCGAUUCUCAGCGCAUUGUCGCCGUAGGUGAUGGAAGGCAGAGAUACGGUCAUUUUUUCACCUGGGAUAGUGGAAAUACUGUUGGUGAAAUCUACGGUCAUACGCGGGCCAUAAAUUCCGUUUCGAUUCGACAGCAGCGCCCUUUGAGAGCAGCGGCGGCCGGAGACGACACGAGCCUCGUAUUUUACCAUGGUGCGCCCUUCAAGUUUAAUACUGCGAUCAGGGGCAAGCAUAACAAAUUUAUAUACGGCACCGCUUUCAGCCCUGAUGGCUCUCAAUUAGUGAGUGUGGGAGCUGACAGUCGCAUAUGGUUGUACGACGGCAAGACUGGCGAGCCAAAAGCAUCUAUAGGAGACGAUGAGCAUAAGGGCAGUAUCUUUGGGGUAUCAUGGUCCAAGGAUUCUCGUAAGUUUGCGACAGCUAGUGCCGAUAGGACCGUCAAGUUGUGGGACGUUGAGGCUGGCAAGGUCACUCAGACUUGGAGUUUGAACGAUGAAGGCGUUGUCAGUUAUUUGAAUCAGCAAGUUGGGGUUGUUAUCCCUCCAGGAAGGACUGAUGGUCUUGUUAUUAGUUUGUCCCUGAGUGGCAAUCUGAACUACCUGGUAGAGGGAUCUCCUCAACCCCGACAAGUUCUCAAGAGCCACCAGAAAAACAUUACAGCACUUACAAGAUUCAGUCCCGCUGAUGGUCCAGAUACUCUCUGGACUGGAAGCUCCGACGGCCGAGUUUGCAGCUGGGACGUGGCAAAGGGAGUCGCAGAUACGAUUGACGGAGAAAAUCAUACAAAUUAUAUAGCCGGAUUGACAAGCUCCCAAGAGGGUAAGGGCAGAAUCUACAGUGUCGGCUGGGACGAUACGCUUAGAUCCGUAGAUGUUGCGGCAAACACAUAUACAGGAAUCUCGACCAAAUUGUCCGCUCAGCCAAAGGGCGUCGCCACUGCUGGAAAGCUCGUUCUGGUCGCAAGUUCGGAGCAAAUUGACAUCUACCAAGACAGCAAGAAGACCGGCACUUUCAAAGCACCAGCUGAUAUCACCGCAAUAGCCGCUCAUGAAAACAUCGUUGCAUUUAGCGGCACAGAUUUUAAUACUCGCAUUGGAACAGUCACUUCGCCAGCAAUCUCGAUCUCUCCCCAAGUACAAAUCAAAAAGUUGCGGAGUCCAAUUUCAGCUCUAGCUUUCUCCCCGGAUGGGACUCUGUUGGCUGUUGGCGACUCAAGCGGCAAAAUCUUUGUGUUCAAAACAGAAGAUGGAAGCUUAGUCACUGACCGCUGGAGUUCUCACACUUCCCGCAUAACAUCUCUUGCAUGGAACAGCAAGGGCACCUAUCUUGUCAGUGGAGCACUUGAUACUCAUAUCUACAUUUGGAGUUUGGCGAGACCCGGGGACUGGAUCGAAGCUAAAAAUGUGCAUAAAGAAGGCGUGACUGGAGUCGCCUGGAUUGCAGAUGAGACCAAAAUCGCCUCAGCAGGAACCGAUGCAGCGAUCAAGAUUUGGAAGGUUGAACGUUUGCCUUAG